CCUGCUCCGACACUCUAGCUCGGAAUUAGACUUCUGAUAAAAAUGUUAGACUUGAUGAAGAAGAACCUAAACUGUGUAGAUGCUUUGAUUUCCUGAAAUUUGCUGUUUAACCAUUAGACUAUGUAGAGAGAAGACGAAAGAAUCUACUGCAAGCAAGGGCAGAGCUACAAGUCUGAAUACGGGUUUGGCAGAAAUUAGUAGCUUUAUGUACAGAAAAAUUGAAAUUUUUUCUUAUAUAUACUACAAUACAAACUUAUUUAUUCGUGUCAGUUAAUUUGAAACUCAUACAUUUAAAAUACUAGCUCUCACACUCUAAGAUGUCUUCCAUCUGGUGCCCAGCUGAAACCAGGCGUGUGUUUCUUAUUUUUUAGGAUAUUUUGUGUGAAUAUUUUUUUUUAUGAUUUGAGUAUAUUUUACUCAAUUAUAACUAGUAUUAACAUCAAAAAUCAUAUGGAUUUCAUAGAAAUCGCAAAGGUUUUUCAACAAACCCCAAUUUCUCCAAAGCUAGGUUUUUUCUAAUACAAGGUAAUGUAAUUAUACUACUCCCUCUUCAAUAAUGGAGUUCAAAUGAUGUUAUUAAUUGUAUUUGGGUAUUGCAAAUGUGAUUAGAACAUAGUAUUAUUAGAUGUAACCCAAAAAGUGGGCUUGUGAAAGAGAUGAUGAAUAAUAACUUAAAGCUAAGGGAAUAAUUAGGGUAACUGUUUUAAUAGCUCUAAUGGAUCGUGAAUACCAUGUUUGGGUAAUAAAAGGACUUUAAUUAUGGGAGUAAUUGGGCACUGAUUUUGUGAUUUGCUGUAAAAAUUUCGAAACUUCAUUGUUGGUUCUUAGAAAGCUGUAGUGAAGAAUUCUUGUUGAUACACCAAAAUUCCUUUUUAACUCUUUGUCCAUGAUUACAAAAAUGAGAACUUUUACAAGCAUAACUGAUUGUGAUUAGCGCGAAGCAGACUAUUCAUGUUAUCCUUAAUCCUCAAUUAAAUUUAUUAUGAGGGUGUCUUCUGAGAAGUAAGCUUGGUGAAUGACCUUCUAUUGGGGAUUUCUAUUUGCAACUUAUCUAAAGGUUAGAAAUUAUUGACUUAUUUUAGCCUCUGUAUUCCUUUUGGAAUUUCACCAAAAAGAUUGUUCUUCAUGAGAUAUCCAGAAACUCCUAGCGUAUCAUCAAUAGCUAAUCAAAUGAUCUCUGGAUUGUACCUUUUAGUCUGUUAUUAGCUAACCAAAAUGUAACAAAAGCUGGUUUCUUGAAAGAUCUAAUUAAAAUUUUUUGAUGGCCCUCUAACUUCCAACUCUAAUGUACCAGCAAGAACACUUGAAGACGUAUAAAUUAAAUAGAAGUUUUCAAAUGAUUUCAUGAACUUGAUGGUGAUAUCGAUGUGAAGGGUAGGCUGCCUACAUCACAUCCUCUUGGCACCCUUUCGUAAAUGAGGGAUGCUUUGUGCACUGGGUUGCCUUUUUUUUUUUAUGGUGAUAUUGAUGUCAAUUUGUUUGAAUCUAGCAAUAGACUUCCACGGUUAUAGGGCAUCACAUUUUGUGGAGAUUAGAGGCUCACAAUUGAUGCAGAAAGAAAGCCAUUUAAACUGAUAUACGAAUGUAGUACCCAAUAUCUCCAAAUCUUUGAAAUCUUCCCAAUUAUAAGGAAGUAAAGAUAAUUUCUUGAUCAAGAAUCAGUUUACAGGUUGUAUUCGGUUCCUUCCCUAUAAGUAGCAGAUUUUGUUCAAUAAUUAUGGGCUCAAAGUCCUUUUUAGUUACUUAACUAUCAAUUUAUUACUUUAAUCAGUUCUAGUGCAUACAAUGAAGUUCCUAAUUAAAUAGUAAUAGCUACUAUAAGUUAUUGGAUGUUAACAUGGCUGAAGAGGUGGUGAAGAUGCUUUUUCAUGUGUUAGCAUUUAUUACUAGAUCUUGAACAUCUUUUCAAUCUCUUUUUUUUUCCUAACAUGAAGCUUGCAUAACAAAGUUGAUAAUUAAUGCUUGUAUUAUAUUCUUAAUUAGUUUCAAUAAUGUAGAACUGUUAGCAUUAAUAUCUUCUCAAUAGUAUAAAUUUAAUCAGUUUCAAUAAAGAUAGAUCAUAUAUUGCUGCAAAGAUCCAACCAACAAACGCAUUUCCCUUCAUAGACUCAAUGGAGAAAACAUUCUUGUUAGCAUUUUUAUUGAUAUCUCUUCACAUUAUAGCAACUUCAUGCUUAGCCAUGAAUAUAAGCACAGAUCAAUCUUCUCUUCUUGCCUUAAAAUCCCACAUCACUUCAGACCCUUAUCGCAUUCUCUCAACAAACUGGUCUUCUAGUUCUACCUCAAUUUGUAACUGGAUUGGAAUCACUUGUGGCUCGCGCCAUCAACGAGUUACUGUGCUGAAUAUUUCAGACAUGGGCUUGACUGGUACCAUCCCACCACAACUUGGCAACCUUUCUUUUCUUGUUUCACUUGAUCUAAGCUACAACAAUUUCCAAGGUGAACUUCCACCAGAGUUCACUCAUUUGCGAAGAUUAAGAGCCAUUGAUCUUAGUUUCAACUUCUUGUCUGGACAAAUUCCUCAGUUAUUGGGUGAUUUAGAUGACCUUCGAAUGCUCUCUCUGGUAAACAAUAGUUUCAAUGGGUUUAUUCCUUCUUCUAUCUCUAAGAUGAAGAAUCUUGAAUUCUUGAAUCUGAAGUACAAUAAUCUAGAAGGAAAUAUUCCUAUAGAAAUAGCAACUCUUCAGAGAUUGAAACAGUUUUCCUUGGGAUACAAUAAACUCAAUGGAUCCAAUGUGCUUUCCAUGUCCAAUAUCUCAAGUACACUAGAAAUUUUGGAUCUCAGAAAUGCUAGUUUAAUUGGUGAUUUCCCUUCUGAUUUAUGUCGUCGUCUUCCCAGAUUACAAAAGCUUGGACUUAGCUCCAAUAUGUUAAGCGGAGAGCUACCAAGAAGCAUAUCUGAAUGCUCAGAACUUCAAGUCCUAUUGUUGUUUCAAAAUAACAUUGUUGGAACAAUUCCAAGAGAAGUAGGUAACUUACUACUGCUGCAAUAUUUGGAUCUUGGACAAAACAGGUUAGAAGGCACAAUUCCAAAUGAGAUUGGUCAUCUUCAUAACUUGAAGGAAUUGAUGAUGGAACAAAAUGCAUUAACGGGCUCAAUCCCUGAAACCAUAUUCAACAUUUCAUCGCUUGAAGUUUUAUCAAUGUGGAACAACCAGCUUGAAGGACCUCUACCAAAAAAAGUUGGAAAUUUGACUAUGCUUAACAUACUUGAUCUUGCAAAUAAUACCUUGACAGGUGUAAUUCCAGAUGAAGUUGGUAAUCUUCAAGAGUUGGUUGGCCUUACAUUGUAUCUCAAUAACUUUAGUGGAUCUAUCCCUAUUGGUAUCUUCAAUAUCUCAACCCUUAGAGCUAUUUCAAUCACAAAUAACCACAUUUCAGGUAAAAUUCCUUCCACUAUAGGCAAAGGGUUACCUAAUGUUGAAGGAAUUUAUCUAUCUGAAACCAACAUUAAUGGUGUUUUACCUAGUUCCAUCUCAAAUUUGUCCAAGCUUACUGUUCUCGAACUCGGUGGAAAUGAACUUACGGGUUCAAUUCCUGAGUCUUUAGGAAAUUUAAGACAACUUGUAAGUCUCAACUUGUAUGGUAACUCCUUCAAAAGUGACUUGAGCUUUAUUACGCCUUUGGCCAAUUCAAAACACUUGUAUAGAUUGAUAUUGUCUUUCAAUCCCCUAAAUGCAAUGCUUCCGAAAUCCAUUGGCAAUCUUUCUUCUCUUCAAAUGUUUGAGGCAAUAGGUUGUAACCUCAUGGGCCAUCUUCCAAAUGAAAUAGGAAAAUUGAGAAACUUAUCUUCUUUGUUCCUGGAAGAUAAUGACUUGACUGGCGUUGUCCCUACGUCAAUAACUUCUUUGAAAAAUCUUCAACGGCUUUCACUUGGUGCAAACAGAUUGAGUGGUUCUUUCCCAAAUGGUUUGUGUGAGCUAUCCAACUUGGGUUUGCUAAACCUUUCACAAAAUCAAAUGUGGGGAAGUAUUCCGAGUUGCUUAGGGGAUGUGACUUCUCUUAGGGAGAUUUAUCUUGAUUCCAAUAACUUCACUUCUAACAUACCUUCAAAUCUAUGGAACCUCAAAGAUACUUUGAAGCUGAACUUGUCUUCUAAUUUCUUCAAUGGGUCUCUACCACCAGAAAUUGGAAAUCUCAAGGAUGCAAUACUUUUGGAUCUUUCCUGGAAUCAAAUCUCAGGCAACAUUCCUAGUACAGUGGGAGGUCUACAAAAAUUGAUUCAAUUAUCAUUGGCUCAUAACAGAAUUGAAGGAUCUCUUCCUGACACUAUUGGGAAACUUUUAACUUUGGAAGCAUUGGAUCUUUCAUAUAACAAUAUAUCUGGUGUGAUCCCAAAGUCAUUAGAGGAACUUAAGCAACUAGGCUCCUUUAAUGUCUCAUUCAACAGGUUACACGGGGAAAUUCCGAAUGGAGGACCGUUUGUUGAUCUCCCUUACCAGUCUUUCAUGUCGAAUGAAGGAUUGUGUGGUAACCUUCAAAAGCAUGUCCCAGCUUGUCCUUCUAAUAAUCAUUCUAAUUCAAAGAAAAGAAGACUCGUAUGGAUUGUCGUUGCCUCGUCAGUUAUAUCUGUAAUAGGGCUUGCUUCAGCAAUAGUUUUCAUGUUGAUGAGACGUCGGGGUAAAACAGUCAAUGCUGAAGAUGAGUGGUUGCCCGGGGUAGCACCGCAAAGAAUUUCUNUGUGGCCAGCAUUGUGUCCAAAAAUAUUAGUAGCAUUACAUUCCGUAGUUUUUCUACCAAAUGUAGUUCCUAAGAUGUCUGCCCAUAAUGCAUAA